AAAAAUAAGUGAGUUUAAAGAUAAUGUAAGUCCCAAAGUCCGAAGACUAAUUUUCUUAUUUAAUCUAAGAUUUAGGUUGAAGCUAAAGCCAGUAUAAGAUCCUUAAGGCUUUCAGGAGACAAUAAAUAUUUAGCAAUUUGCCAUAUUUAUAAAGGAUUAGGUUAGCUUAAUAUUUGGGAUAUCACUUCAAAAAAAGUGAAAUGUAGUAUAAAAGUACCUAAUAUGUGGGCUGAUGAUAGGAUGAGUUAUUUUUCAAAAGAUAGUAAAUAUUAUUUUUUUGCUUUAUAUGACACUGAUUAACUGUAAAUAAUAUCUCUUGAAUCCAGAAGGGGAACUAUAACAUAUUGUAGUCUAGGUGAUAGAUUAAAAGAAACAGCAGUUUCAUUAAAUCCAUUAUAUUUUUGUACUGUUACUCCAAAAUAAUGUUUAUUAUGGAACUAAAAUACGAAGAAGGUUGAUAAAAAGAUAGAAAACACUUUGGAUUUUAUUUGCUGCUGCUUUAAAAACAAUGAUAAGGAAUUGGUUACACUCAGUUAUUAAGAGUAAGAUGCUACACUCAUUUCUUGUUGGUGUCUUAAAAAGUUAAAGGUUUUAAGUUAAUGGACAUGUAAGUAUAUUUCACAUUCUGCAAAGUGUUAUGUAAUCGAAGAAACAUAAAUUUUAAUAAUAGAUUAUCAAGAUGUACAUGAACAUUAUUUUUAAAUAUGGAAUAUAUUAGGGUAAUCUUUAAUUAGAAUAUUGUAUGAAGCAAUUGACUCAUUUUACAUAUUGAAUAAUUUUGGCUCUAAGUUAAUUGUUGAUUGUGAGGACGAUGAAGAUGAUGAUAAUGAUGAAAAUGCGGAUAAAAGUGAUGAAUACAAAUGGAUAUCAAUUUUUGAUAUAUUAACUUUUAAAUAUCAAAGAUUUAAGACUUUUAUUGAAUAAGGUCAAAGUUUCUAUGUUCAAGAAGGUGCUUUGAUAAUUCAAAAUAGAAAAAAUAACUCAGAAGAUGUAGGAAUAUUUAUUAAUAUUAAAUGAAAAAAGAGACGUAAAUAUGUGAACUUAUAACAAAUUAAUAUUAAAUAAGUCUUUUGA